CUAACGGGAGAGGUAUUUGACUCUAUCGGCUCAACUAUCGGUUAUACACGCGGCUCUAAAACCCCACAUUGACAGCUCGCACUCUGCGCUAAUCUGUGCGUCUAUAACAAUUCAACAACGAUCAGUGGCUUUAAUGUUAAUGUUAAGUGUUUAUUAGUGUAACUUGGUGUUAUGUAAGUGGUUGUUAUAAGUGUAACGCACAAAAUUAAAAAAAAAAACGUGGGAAAAGCAGUUUGAGAACUUGAGGUUACUGAUUUAAAAACGUGUUGCUUCUGACUGUUUAAGGUAGAAUUAAGAUAAUUCCAAAAGUUGAACUUCCAUAAAACUCCGUGUUAGCUUCCGGAAGCAAGUCCAUUCGCGUCGUUUUUAAGAUAUCUCCAUUGGUCUGUCAUGUAGUUAGCAUAAAAUGCCGACGUCCGGUUUCAUAGUACUAGUACUAGUUCUACUAGUAACCUGCGAAGCUGAGCCGGCCACCGAAUUCAUCGAAGCUUCGGAUGGGGGCAGUGCCUCCUUACCGUGCAAUCUCAGCCCUGUCGGGGCUCCGGACAAAAUAAGUGUAGUGUUGUGGUAUAAAGGUGCCGAGCAAAAUCCUAUUUAUAAGUAUGACGUUCGAGGUAAUCAGCCAGUGCGCUGGGCUGAACCGUCCCUGCAAAAUAGGUACUUUUUACGAAUUCUCGACGAUCACAGGGCCGUCAUGAGCAUAUCGCCGACUAAGCUCAUUGACGAACAAGUCUUUCAUUGUAAAGUUGAUUUUAUGAAGUCUUCUACAAGAAUCACGCACGUAAAUCUAACGAUAAUAGUAGUAGUUCUACUAUUAACCUGCGGAGCUGAGCCGGCCACCGAAUUCAUCGAAGCUUCGGAUGGGGGCAGUGCCUCCUUACCGUGCAAUCUCAGCCCUGUCGGGGCUCCGGACAAAAUAAGUGUAGUGUUGUGGUAUAAAGGUGCCGAGCAAAAUCCUAUUUAUAAGUAUGACGUUCGAGGUAAUCAGCCAGUGCGCUGGGCUGAACCGUCCCUGCAAAAUAGGUACUUUUUACGAAUUCUCGACGAUCACAGGGCCGUCAUGAGCAUAUCGCCGACUAAGCUCAUUGACGAACAAGUCUUUCAUUGUAAAGUUGAUUUCAUGAAGUCUUCUACAAGAAUCACGCACGUAAAUCUAACGAUAAUAGUAGUAGUUCUACUAGUAACCUGCGAAGCUGAGCCGGCCACCGAAUUCAUCGAAGCUUCGGAUGGGGGCAGUGCCUCCUUACCGUGCAAUCUCAGCCCUGUCGGGGCUCCGGACAAAAUAAGUGUAGUGUUGUGGUAUAAAGGUGCCGAGCAAAAUCCUAUUUAUAAGUAUGACGUUCGAGGUAAUCAGCCAGUGCGCUGGGCUGAACCGUCCCUGCAAAAUAGGUACUUUUUACGAAUUCUCGACGAUCACAGGGCCGUCAUGAGCAUAUCGCCGACUAAGCUCAUUGACGAACAAGUCUUUCAUUGUAAAGUUGAUUUCAUGAAGUCUUCUACAAGAAUCACGCACGUAAAUCUAACGAUAAUAGCAAUUUAG